AUGAACAUGAGUGCCGGAUACACAGUCUCGCCCGCGUCGCUUGACCUUCGCGAUCACCUAAACGACCAGUCGCAACAAUCUCAGAACCAGAACCAGAACCUCAACAACAACUAUAACUAUAAUUAUACUCACAACUUCAAGACUCCCAUUACCCCUGUUGAAUCUCACCUAUUAUCGCCAUUUUCCUCCCAUAUACAAAGCAAUUCAGCCUCUCCUGCGAGCCAUUUCACUCCUGCAGACUCUGUCUCCACAAACGAUAUCUACCAGUCGAGUGAUCUCAGUAGUGACUUCGGUGACGCUUGGCUCGGUGUCAACUUCGACAACGUCGACGAUAGUGGGGCCCCGUCUUUUCUCGGGGGGUUUGACGGCGCGCUAGAGCCCUCUGCUCAAUCAACCCAAAAUUAUGGCUUUAAAGAUGUUAAAUACCCUUUGAGUCCUCAUCAGACACCUUCCGUACCACCCACAUCGGUAUUCGCCUACACCAACAAGACUUCCACCGACGUUCGGCCCCUUGCGCACUCUAUCACCUCGACCCAGUCUGCAGCUCAACUGACACCCAGCACUAAUGGUGAUAGUUUUUCCAGUGAAGAUAAUCCUGAACAGAGCAUGCUUGCUAUGGCUCCGCAAAGUCCCCGCGUGACGGUUUCUAUGUGGAACCAGGACGACGAUGCGCUAAUACAAGGAAUUGAGAGGUCUUUUAUGGCCGGAGCGGAAAGUCCUCGACCCUCCCAGCCAUCGGCUGGCGAUUUGGCUGGUAACUGGGUGCCACAUUCUGCCACGGGAAAUCGAGGACUCGCUCCCGGGGACCGGCCUCCUGACGAGGUGCCAAGUCUCAACCAACAGACUAACCGCCGACAGCGUCAUGAAAAGAAUAAGGAAGUUUAUGAGUGGGUUUCUCGAUCAUCCAACGGUUUAGAAAGCACUUCCAAUAUAUUAGCUGGCGGGCAAGAUUCAGAAGAGGACAAUAUACCUACAGGCGAAAUCCCGCUAGGAAAUUCCACCGAAAAUAAACAUAUUGAGGGCCAGGCAUACUAUAACGUCGAUGGACCUGGUGGGCCCAUCACGCAGACCGAUUUUGACAUAAUGCGACAACUCAAUACCUGGGCAGAUGCGCCGGCCAUCUACGCUAUCCAAUCUGGCCCCCAUUACCAACCGGAAUCAUCGCAAGCUGCAAUAGAGAAGUUUAACCGCCAAUGUCAAGACAACGAGUCAAUUGUCUCAAGGGCAGCUACUUGGGGAACGCGCAGACGGAGUUUGCCUAGUCUUGUAGAUAUGGAGGGUGUUGUCAGCGGUAACUUCCUCAAAAAACUGUCCAUCAGUUCUCACUCUCGCCGGCCGAACUUCAUCAAAAGGUUUCCCAGCUUGGUACGGAAACCCAGCGGCAGCCAAAAUUUGAAGAGGAAAGGGAGCAAUGCCAGCGAAGCCCCGCCACAAGAUCCUGACGAACAAGAACGUCGGGAGUCCAAGGAUACUCUGGCACCCCCAUCGCGUACCACUAGUUGGGGGAUAACCGGAAUCACCAAGAAGCCCACGCCCAACUUGAACACUGCUUUAGUUGGAAUGGCUACCGGUGCUGCAUCCAUUGGAACCACUCAUGCUCGAAGCGGCUCAAUUAGCACCCCUUCUAUGACAUCCCCCAAGAGCCCCUUCGGCUCCCUCAGCAUUCCGCCUAACAAGAAGAGCCUGAGGAGGCCGAGAAGCAAGACGGAGCUUCCAAAGAGCUCCAAUUCGGAACUCAUCUCGCAUCCCAAUCUCGUCCAGAUGUUGAAAAGACAAGGUGGACCGCCCGUUGCCUCGUUGGUAAGACAUCAUCAGCCAGCAGUGGAGCCGGAGGAGGAUGAGGAGGAUGAUGAUGAUGAGUUUGACGACGGAGAUGUAAAAGCUGAGCCAAGCAGUCUGAAGAUCAUCGAACCCACCUUUGCAGGUUUCCGGGAACACGUUCUAGCUUUGAACCCGGGACUUGUAGGUGAGAGUGGGUGGUUGGCCGACCGCAUUGCGCAUCAACUGGUCGUGCGCUACAAACAUCUCCAGACUGCCAAGAUCAAGCAUCUGAAUCAGGUCAACUUUCGCAAGUGCACCAGCGGAGCUCUGUGUCUUUCGCUGGGAGGAUCUGCCGUUCCACUCGAUGGCAAAAAUAGCGAGCGUAGCAUAGACCCCUUAUCCACCCGACCAGACUCUUCUGAUAGUAACACCACUCCCCUUGAGGGUGGCAUCAACUCAGAAAGUUUCCCGCCGGGGAUCCCCAUGCCUCCCACUACAGCGCUGCCGGCGGAGUUCGAGUGCCAGCUUUGCUUCAUGAGCAAGAGGUUCCUGAAGCCUUCGGAUUGGACCAAGCACGUACACGAAGAUGUCCAGCCAUUCACGUGCACCUGGGAGAAGUGCCGCGAGCCCAAGAUGUUUAAACGAAAGGCAGACUGGGUCCGACACGAGAACGAAGGUCAUCGUCAUCUGGAGUGGUGGACAUGCGAUGUCGACGAUUGCCGACAUAUAUGCUACCGACGCGACAACUUCCUGCAGCAUCUGGUUCGCGAGCACAAGUUCACGGAGCCGAGGAUCAAGACAAAAGCCGCGAUUAAGAAAGCCGGUGGCGGUGACCACACGUGGCAAAAAGUCGAGCAGUGCCACGUCGAGACCCAGGCCAAGCCGUCGGACGAGCCAUGUCGCUUCUGUCGGAAGACGUUCCCGACGUGGAAGAAGCUCACGGUCCACCUGGCGAAGCACAUGGAGAACAUCAGCCUCCCCGUGCUGAGCGUGGUCAACGCGAAGAAGCUCGAGGCCGAUACCAUCAUCAGCCCCGUGCAGGACCCUCCUCGUCCCAGCUUUCCGGCGCCUCCGGUCAAGCAGGAACAUCCGUCAUCAUCAUUCGAGUCACGCAAUAACCAUAACACCAUUCAUACGACGACCACGCCCAACUCUGUUCCCACACAACAAAACUAUCCACAGAUGAGCAACACGAACUACAGCAACCCUAGCCAGAUGCCCAUGUCGAACGCGUACUACACCACGCAGCAGCGGUCGCCGUACCCCGAAAUGCCCAACAACCAAUACCCCAACAUCAUGAUCCCGCAAAACUACACCAACCUCCAGCCUCUGCAGACGCAGUACCACAACCCGCUCGCUAUCAUCACCACCAUGGGGCCUUCUUCCUCCUCCUCCCCUUAUGGCCCUAGCACUCUCUCGUACAACACGAGUAUGCAGCAGCAGCAGCAGCAGCAACAAGAAGGACUAGAGCCGUUCCCCGAGCUCGACCUCAAUCCGCUGGGGAUCCAAGAUCCGUCCGGGUCGAUGUGUUACGAGAACCUCGGGCACACUGGCGGCAUGCAGCCGGUCGAGCAGCAGUAUGCUAGCCACCCGGGCUCGGUGUCGCCGUACGGGCACUCGCCGCACCCGGGGCAUAACGGCGGCGGCUUUUACAACGCUUGAAUGUGAAAAAUAAAUAAAAAGUUCUUUGACCUAGAUACCUGUUAGGUAUCUAGGUAUCUACGUUUUCUCUUAUGCGAUCUCAUGCGAUCUUACGCUAUGUUUGCGAUUCCCUUUUUAUUGGCAGAUAUUAUACCCAUAGGUACUCCUUCUCACCCCCACACCGAGCUGGAGUUUGCAGGAUGGCUCCCCACUGUUUCUCGAUAUGAUUUUUCUUUUUCUUUUCUUUGCUUUUCCUUUUUUAACCACUUACGAUAUCCCGUGGCGUUAUUUGGGUAUGACGGAGAUUUUUCAAUCUAUUCCAAACUUUUUUUUCAUUCGAUUUUCUUUUUUUUCUCCUUGCUACGUUUCGUUUCUAGAUCUUACCCAUGCUACGUUCAGCCACAAUACGUAACUUGCUUGACGUCAGGUGUCUCUCCUACAUCAAGUAUCAAGUAUCAAGUAUCACGGGCACAAGUCUUCUUUUUUUUUUUCUUCCUUUCUUUCCCGCAACGUUAUCUUUGGGGGGAUGGGAGGCUAUAUAUGUCUGGUGGCAAUGAAUGACUUUAAAGGGGUUCUUUCUUUCUCUAUGCUAUGAAUGCCCUUCGAGGUAAGGGGAUA